GUUAAUGAGGGCAUACUCACGCAAAAACUAUCUUAGAUGAAUCUGACCAUAUUUACGGCCGUACUAAGAUGUAUCUGAUCGAAAUGAUAUUCAGAAAUAAAUAAGAAGGGCCUGCUGCGAGUAUGCCCUGAGUCAUAAAGAUGACGACGACGAUGAUGAUGGUCGGUCGGGAUAAUAAUCAGCGUCAUGUUGUCUCUGUCAUCGUCGUCUUAUGAUGAUGAUGAUGUUGCUGUUGAUGACGAAGAUGCUGCUGCUGCUGCGGAUGAUGAUGAUGAUGAUGAUGAUGAUGAUGAUGAUGAUGGUGAUGGUGAUGGUGAUGAUGCUGUCUCUUAUACACAUCUAGAUGUGUAUAAGAGACUGAUGAUGAUGUCGAUGACGAAGAUGCAGCUGCUUCUGCUGCUGUUGCUAAUGAUGAUGAUGAUGAUGAUGAUGAUGGUGAUGGUGAUGGUGAUGGUGAUGGUGAUGAAGAUGAUGAUGCCACGUGAUCACCUGCAAUAUAGAUAAGCGGCAACAAAAAAGAAACCCGAUU